GGCUGGGUCAAUAAUAUCUAUCGUGCGUUGUCGUUCAUGAAUAACCGACUCAUGGGUCCGUGACCUCGGUGCUGGACUGGUUUAUUUCAAAUCGCCGGGAUCCAAAGUCAAAUUGCAGAAUUCUGGAAUUAUAAACACAACAAUGUCGGAGCAGCAAGACGACUCGAUGUAUCAGGACAACCUACCAGGUACGGUACCGGAAACGGUACAACCUGUCCCGACUCCGACUCCAGCUGUCCAGAAUCAAGACGAUGUUCCGCCGCCACCGGCGUACUCUGUCAACGGUGCGACCCAACCAGGUGACGAUUGGCGCACACUACAAUCUUACACACAGGCGGUACCCGGGACGAUGGCUAAUGCUAAGUCAGGACCCUGGACACCGCCGGGAGGCGAAGUAGACCAGGCGAGUUUCAACUGGGCAGACGCCCCAGACACAGAGGUGGAGGAUAACGAGAACGCCGAAGAACCAACUUAUCAGAUGAACCAAGCAUUCCAGCCCAUACCGGGAUAUGAAUUCGUCACUGUUAAAGAAAGUAAACCUAUCGCAAUACAAAUGCAAUCAAAGAACUCACUUGUCGAAACUGAACCAGAAAAUUUUUCAUCGGUAACAGAUAUCAGUGAAGAAGAUGCCAAAGAUGCGUUGAUGAAGCAUGUGAGUUCCCACUGUUGUUACGGAAAGAAACCAGUGAAAGAGAUGACCAUCGAAUCCGUUACGCCGUCCUCUGCGUACCACUAUUCUAUCACUACGUUUGGCGAACAGAGAACCGCGCAGAGGUUAUACGAACCAUUCAAAGGGCAAAACUUCCAACAGGCGGGCUCUGUACCUGCUCCCGGACUUUGGGAGAUUGAAAUGCCACCUCCAAUGAUGUAUGAACCGAGUGAGAGUACACAGGAAGUAGAGAACACGUCCAUAAUCGAUGUUUGCCACGGCUGUACGGGUCGCGGAUUCGUAAAAUGUUAUCGAUGCAAAGGCAAAGGCAAAGUAAGGUGUAAAAAUUGCAAAGGCAAAGGUGUUAAAAAGAACGAACCAUGCAAGAAAUGUGCAGGAAAGGGUAAACGGAGGUGUUAUCGGUGUAAUGGUCACGCCUGUAUCACGUGUUCAGUGUGUGAAGGAUUCAAGCAGCUAAGAUUCUACAUAGUAGUAAAAAACAAAUUUGUUAUCCACAAUGACGACCACAUCGAAGGUCAAACCGCUCUACCCAAGAAACUCGUGUACGGUGUUGCUGGUGAGACGCUUUAUCAGUCAGAAAGCCCUAUGGUGAACCCCAUAAGAAUGUUUCCUGUUGCAAACGUCAACGAGAAUUCGAUGCGCCUUGUUGAGAAACAUCGAACACAAUGGCCAACUGAACGCAUAAUAAUGCAGAAACACGAUUUGAGAGGUGUACCCGUCUCUGAAGCUGGCUACAAAUGGAAAGAAAAACCUGGUAAAUUUUGGGUGUAUGGCAACGAGCACAAAGUGUACUUCCCGAAGUAUCCGCAUAACUGUUUCUGUUGUUGUUAUUGUCCCUGUACUAUCAUAUAAUGAAGACCAGAAAAAUAGUCACGUCUUAAAAUAUUAUAUACAAUACGACUAUAUUUUGUGAAUUGCGCCCUCAAUUGUCAUCGGUUGGAUCAACGACAGAGGGCGCAAGAUAGUUUUCACGUUUGAGUCAAUAUAUCACUUUCCUGGAAGUAGCGGGAUUGCGGUGCAGAAAUACGCCUGCUUUUUCAUGGCGAAUUAUACAAACAAGUCAGUUUACUGAUAUUCGAUAGAAGAGAGUUUCGACUUCCGGGAAAGUGGUCUACGGACCAGGCAAAAUAUAUUGUUACGGGAUAUCUGGUAAAAACUAAAUUUAUUAAAAAUUAUAGUAAAAUCAAUUUAAUCGGAUUAAAUAAGCAGUAUUCGGUUAUUACUUGAAGUGAUCAAACAAACCUCACGGUGAAUAUUUUUGAUACAAUCUCAAUGAUACGAAUCAGUUUAAUUUCACAUGUGUCACAUUUACCAAUUACUGUUAGUUCGGAGGAUUGCAAGUUAUUUA